UUCCUUUUUAUUUUCUUACAGGAAUGACACGAAAUUUCACCGCAAUAAUCCUACGGGCAACAUUCGAAUAGCAACUACCGCUUUCCUAAACGCCUUUCAAGGAGAUUUAAACACAGUAUUGGGCCAUUAAGUUAAGAUAUUAUACCACGCCCUCCCUUGCCGGCAAGCCGAGAUAGAAAAAAAACGAGGAACGCUGAAAUUGUACGAUCCAAAAACACAAAUCCCGCACAAAUCGAAUUCUCUGCUACGAUCAAAACCAAAAAAAUAAAUAAAUAAAUAAAAAUAUUAAUGGUAAAAAAAAAAGGAAUUCUACGAAAAACCGAAUGCACCAACUCUAGUAAUUAGAGUUACCCUAGAUUUAUAAGCCGAAUAGUUAGCGAAGUAUAAGCUUAGAUUUGCACUCUCCGUAGCAGCGUGAAUGUGACGUGAUUUCUUCGUUUGUUGGGCAAACAAAAAUUAUCAGCAGGCACAAAUUUAACGAAAACUCAAAAGUCGACAUUUUUGCUAACAAACCAAAAAUUAAAGAAAAAUAAUCAAAAGCAAAUACACUUACGCACGUAAAGAUCGCACCAAAAAUAAGCAACAACCACUAGUAAAUACGAGCAAAGUAAAACAAUAAAUUAAAGAAUAGAAAUAAAAACGCCUAAAUACUAUCUUAACUGCAAGCACUUGAAACUUAAGCGCAAAGAACUUAAAUCCUAGCUAAGCAACUACAAAAUAAGCAACACAGAUCAAAUAAGCAAACUGCUAACAAGCAAUUUUGCGAUCAUUUCAAAUACAUUCAUACACACACACUCAGUUCCGUCUCAAUUAACAACUUAUCAACAAAAGCAGCAAUACUCAUCGCGACGAAGAAGAAGAAGAAGUUGAAAAGUAAACAAGCAAAAUAUUUAACACAUCUCAUCUCAAGAACGUCAUUAUAAACAUCCACACCAGAACCAAAUCCACAACAGCAGCAGCAACCGCAGCAGCCGCGCCAUUAUGAAUUCAAGCACAAAGCAUCUGCUGCAUUGCACACUCCUUCUCAUUGUGAUAAUAACAUUUGAAGUAUUCUCCGGCGGUAUUAAAAUUGACGAGAACUCAUUUACGCUCGUCGAUCCAUGGACUGAGUACGGCCAAGUGGCCACCGUACUUUUGUACUUACUACGUUUCCUCACUUUCCUAACGCUACCGCAGGUGUUAUUCAAUUUUUGCGGUCUCGUCUUCUACAAUGCCUUCCCCGAGAAGGUGGUGCUAAAGGGUAGCCCCAUUUUGGCGCCCUUUAUAUGCAUACGUGUGGUCACGCGCGGUGAUUUUGCCGAUUUGGUUAAGACGAAUGUGUUGCGCAACAUGAACACAUGUCUGGAUACGGGCCUGGAGAAUUUCCUCAUCGAAGUGGUCACCGAUAAGGCAGUUAAUUUAGCACAACAUCGACGUAUACGUGAGAUUGUUGUGCCGAAGGAGUAUAAAACACGCACUGGCGCACUGUUCAAAUCACGUGCAUUACAAUAUUGUCUGGAGGAUGAUGUGAAUGUGUUGAACGACAACGAUUGGAUUGUGCAUUUGGAUGAGGAAACUUUGUUGACCGAGAAUUCAGUUCGUGGUAUUAUCAAUUUCGUAUUGGACGGCAAACAUCCGUUCGGACAGGGUCUCAUCACCUAUGCCAAUGAAAAUGUGGUCAACUGGCUGACCACAUUGGCGGAUAGUUUCCGCGUAUCAGACGAUAUGGGCAAGCUGCGAUUACAGUUUAAACUGUUUCACAAGCCAUUGUUCAGCUGGAAGGGCAGCUAUGUUGUUACGCAGAAUGUGUUCUCCAGGGAGAAUCGACUACAACAACUACCAAACAACCAACACUUCUGGUGCGAUACUCAGCCUAUACAAAUUUUGCCCUACGCCAUUGACGCCGACAUCCGAUUAGCUGUUGUUGUCAUUUGUCGUCGCCUGAACACAUCCAUUGUAGUUGCUAUUGCCACAGCCACUAAACAUUCUCCUGCGCACUUUUCACUUUUUGGUCAUAUCCUAAUUAAUACUUAACAAAUAAAAAAUCACGCAUAUACGCGCCAACACUCACACCUGCAACACCAUCAACAACCACACACCAACACUUCGUAUACCAUUACGCAAAGAGCACAAACCCAUUUACGAAAUUAGUUCACUCACACUUGUAGCAUAAAAAUCGUUGUAUUUUAUAUUAUAUAAUUACAAUUAGGUGAAAAUAUUUUUUAUUAUAUUAUUAUUGUAUGUUAUACAAAGAAGAAGAUUGCAUAAGUUGUGUGUAUAGUCAACUAAAAAUAAUGUUGAUUAGAGAGUUAAUUUUGUUGAACAAUUCUAUCAGGCGCUAGGUAUUUACGUACAUACAUAUGUACAUAUAGAAAUUUAUAGCAAAUAUUUGUAAAGGUAUACAUAUAUGUAGCACUCAAUAAUGUAACCAUAUUUGAGCGAGUAAGCUAGAAAUAGGCAUACUCGGACUACAUAUUUGUAGUGUAAAUUCCAUUGAUUAACUAUAAUGUACAGGCAGGCCGCUUUAGUUGGAAAACUUUGUACUCUGAAUGGUUUCGGCAAAAUGUGUCUGAUCCAAAGGACAUCUAUCUACUUCACACACAUUUCCCUACAUCUUAACCGUUUUAUACAUACAUAUUUUUGUACAAUAUUGAGUUUUAAUCGCUCUUGGAGUUAUUUUCUUUUGUAAUUUUUUUAUUCUCUGCAGGUAUUUAUUGUUUAAGUAAAACAUAAUAGUUGAAAAAAAAACUUUAUAAAAAAGCCGUAAAAAUUUAAUUAAAGAAAAAACAUCCCACAGCAGUGGGGUCUACGUAACCGAAACUUAUAUAUCGCCAAGGACUGUAACUCCAGCAUCGUUCCUCAAAAACUCUUUGUGGAAUUUGUAUGCUGCUACAACAAGAACAACAUCCCAAUUGUUGCAAAAAUAGAAAAUGUAACUAAAAAUAAACAACAAGAAAACCCGAAAAUAAGCUUUAACAAGUUAAAUGAAAAGUUAUGUAUAUAUUAUUUUCUAAAUAUUUUUUUUUCUUUUUUGAUAUACAACCUCUUAUUAUUUUUAUAUUGUAUCGUUGUCGCACUAGCCUUAGGUGUAAAAAAGUAAAGCAAAAACUUUAAAUCAUCCCAUUCGACAAAGUUAAGUUACAUUCAAUUGUUAACACACAUACAACACAAAAUAUUAAAAAUUGAAAUAAAACAACAACAAAGUAUUACCAUAAAA